AGCUCGAGGCCGCUGGACAUGGAUAUACAUCUCCAAAGCUCCACCGUCCCUCAUUUCUCUUCCCUGAUGAUCUCCAUGUCUAAGCCUGCCUACCUCGCUAUUGUUGAGCACUCACCGACCAAACCUGUUGUCAUAUUUGUCCCAUCAAGACGCCAGUGCCGGCUUACGGUUGACGACUUGCUGGUCCACUGCGGAGCAGACAGUAACCCCGAUCGCUUCUUGAAUAUUGAAGAAGCCGACUUGCAGCCCGACCUCGACUACAUCAACGAGAAGGGUCUUGUCGAAUGCCUGAAACAUGGCAUUGGGUAUUAUCACGAGGUGCUUGAUAAGAAAGACAAGCACAUUGUCGAACGCUUAUUCCAGUCUGGAGCAAUACAAGUUUUGGUGGCGUCUAAGGUCUGUAUUCCACGACCCCUUCUACUGACUAGCAACUGA